GCGGAGCAGAGGGCGGCGGCGGCGGCGGCGGCGGCUGCUGCUGCUGCUGCUGCUGCUGCUGCUGCUGCUGGAGCGGCCCGGGAGGAGGAGGCGGCGAGGAUGGCGGCGGCGUCGUGGGCGCGGCGGAGAUGAGCACCCGCGGCCCCAGGCCCAGGGCGGCGUGGCCGGAGUGGGCGGGGGUCCCGAUGCAGGCCCGAGGAGGGCCAUGGGGCAGGUCCUGCCGGUCUUCGCCCACUGCAAAGAAGCUCCGUCUACAGCGUCCUCUACCCCUGACUCCACAGAAGGAGGGAAUGACGACUCGGAUUUUCGGGAGCUUCACACUGCCCGAGAAUUCUCAGAGGACGAUGAGGAAGAGACCACGUCGCAGGACUGGGGCACCCCCCGGGAGCUGACCUUCUCCUACAUCGCCUUCGACGGUGUGGUGGGUUCUGGAGCGCGCCGGGAUUCAGCUGCCCGCCGCCCCCGGCCCCAAGGCCGCUCAGUCUCAGAACCGCGAGACCCACCCCCUCAGCCCGGCUUGGGCGACAGUUUGGAGAGCAUCCCCAGCCUGAGCCAAUCCCCGGAACCUGGGCGCCGCGGUGACCCCGACACUGCCCCUCCGGCCGAACGCCCCCUGGAGGACCUAGGGCUCCAGCUGGACCAGCUGGGCUGGGCAGCCCGGGGAGCAGGGUCCGGAGAAGACUCUGCCACCAGUAGCUCCACCCCGCUGGAGGACGAGGAGCCCGACGGGUCGGAGGUUGGAGAGGCUGGGAAAGAACUGGACCUACAACUCGGACUCCCUCAGUCCUCACCGCCGUCACCGCCGCCACCGCUGCCACCGCCGCCGGAAGUCUUGACUCUGCAGCCCAGCCCCGGCUCUGGAACCCCCCAGGCGGGUACCCCAUCCCCACCCCGAUCCCGGGAUUCGAACUCUUGGCCUGAUGAGCCCUCGCGGGACCUGAAGGAGGAAGAGCCGUGGGGGCGUCUGGAGCGGGAGCCAAUCACGGGGCAGUGCCUCGAUAGCACGGACCAAUCAGAAUUCACAUUGGAACCACUCCUUCUAGUGGCGGACCUGCUCUACUGGAAGGACACAAGGACGUCAGGAGUGGUCUUCACAGGCCUCAUGGUCUCCCUGCUGUGCCUCCUGCACUUUAGCAUCGUGUCCGUGACCGCCCAUGUGGCCCUGUUGCUGCUCUGUGGCACCAUCUCUCUCAGGGUUUACCGAAAAGUGCUGCAGGCCGUGCACCGGGGGGAUGGCGCCAACCCCUUCCAGGCCUAUCUGGAUGUGGACCUGACCCUGACUCGGGAGCAGAUGGAACGUCUGUCCCAGCAGAUUGCCUCCCGAGUGGUCUCUCUGGCCAUCCAGCUGCGGCAUUUCUUCCUGGUAGAAGACCUCGUGGACUCCCUCAAGCUGGCCCUUCUCUUCUACAUCUUGACCUUUGUGGGUGCCAUCUUCAAUGGUUUGACUCUUCUCAUUCUGGGAGUGAUCUGUUUAUUCACUGUCCCCUUGCUGUACCGGCAACACCAGGCCCAGAUGGACCAGUAUGUGGGAUUGGUGACCAAUCAGUUGAGCCACAUCAAAGCUAAGAUCCGAGCUAAGAUCCCAGGGUCCGGAGCCCUGGCCUCGGCAGCAGCCGCAGUCUCUGGAUCCAAAGCCAAAGCCGAAUGAAAGGGGUGUCUCUGCCCUCGGGACGCCUGCCCCCAUCCCCCGCAGCCCAACUCCAUCUCCCUUCCAUCCCCACCCUCCCUCCGCCUCCGCCUCCGCCUCCGCCUCCGCCCCCGCCCGAGCCAUUUCCCUGCGGGUUUCUGGAUCACCAGGGCGUUUGUGCAAAUUGCCUGGGCGGCCAGGACUACAUCUCCCAAGAGGCUCUGCUCUAGGAGCCCCGGAAAGACGAGGCACCUUGGCUGCGGCGCCUGCUGGGACUUGUAGUUGCCUAGAUAGGGCACCCGCCCUGCACUUCCGUGACCCCACGGCUGGAGGCGCCGUGAGAGAUUGGUGUCUCCUGGACGCCACUAGCCCCAAAGCCAGGGCUUUGCAUGGGGCCCAGGGGAGGCCUGAGCUUGGAUUUACACUGUAAUAAAGACUCCUGUGGAAAACCCAA